GGACAAUGGGGGCUGAGAAAAAAAGCGAUCGCGAGAAAAAAAAAUGCAACCUCCCAAAAAUAAAGAGCAAAGAUUGCACUGAGCAGCGAGCAGCAAUGCAGAAAUAGAUGGCAGUUUCGUGUCAGUGAGUUUGCAUUCCCCCUUCCUGGUCCAAGAAGUGGAGUGAUUAGAGCCCUGGAAGGGAAUUGCAUUUACUACAAGUGGAAGAGUCCCCCCUCUUUUGCUGGCUGCUGUUUGCACUGUACAUAUUGGGUGCAUCUAGCCAUUCUCACUGGGUUGUUUUUUUUCCCUCCCCUCUCUUUCCUGAAUUGAUUUUUGGGGGGUACAGUGUGACAGAAACAAAACAAAACAAAAAAAAGGGACAUUGGAUCUAUUGUUGUUUUUUAUGCUCAAAAACAAAACCCCACCACAAACAAACAAACACAAAACAAAACAAAAGGGUUUUGUUCAGCAGCAGCAUGGAUGUGUUGGCUAGUUAUAGUAUAUUCCAGGAACUACAGCUUGUCCACGACACCGGCUACUUCUCGGCUUUGCCAUCCUUGGAGGAAAACUGGCAGCAGACAUGCCUUGAGUUGGAACGUUAUCUUCAGACAGAGCCAAGGAAGAUCUCAGAGAACUUUGGUGAGGAUUUGGACUGUUUCCUUCACACCUCCUCUCCUCCAGGCUCAGAGGACAGUAUCCGACGGCUGGACCCCAUCCUGUUGCCAGUAGAGACGAGUACAUGCGACAAAAGCACCAACAUGGACCUUAUCCUCUCACGGGACAAGCUGCUGUCUGAGACCUGCCUCAGCUUGCAGCCCACCGGCUCUUCCAUAGAGGGUUACGCCGCUGUCAACCAGGCUCAACUCAACGCAGUGACCUCAUUAACGCCCCCUUCCUCUCCUGAGCUCAGCCGCCAUCUGGUAAAAACCCCACAAACUCUCGCCGCAGUGGACGGCACGGUGACGUUGAAAUUGGUGGCCAAGAAGGCGUCGCUCACCUCAGUCAAGGUGGGAGUGGCGGCGGUGGCAGCAGGAGGCACGAUAAAGAGCGGGCAGAAUGACAGCGAGCAAGGAGGGGCAGGGGCCGAGGCAUCCCCGGAAAACAAGAAGAGGGUUCAUCGCUGUCAGUUCAAUGGGUGCCGGAAGGUUUAUACAAAGAGCUCCCACUUAAAGGCUCAUCAGAGGACUCACACAGGUGAGAAGCCUUACAAGUGCUCGUGGGAAGGGUGCGAGUGGCGUUUUGCACGAAGCGACGAGCUCACAAGGCACUACAGGAAACACACAGGGGCAAAACCCUUUAAAUGCAACCAUUGUGACAGGUGUUUUUCCAGGUCUGACCAUCUUGCCCUCCACAUGAAGAGACACAUCUAAGUACCUAAAAUCAGUCAGCAUGGCAUAGAUGUCAGCUGAGCUAAAAGACAUGGCAUGAAGGGUGGAACUCGGUUAUAACCCGCUGCCUUGCAGAAGAAGAGAACUUGAUCACAUGUAAACCUCUGUACACAGACCACACACUCACACUGUCAUGCACCCAACUAUACUUAAAUACAUACAUCUGUUCUUUAUGCCUUGCCCCAGCUGGAUGGAAGAAGGUGCAGGAGAGGAGAUGGGGUAGAGGUGAAGUCAGUAAGAUAGAACAAUUGCUUACAGUACUUCAUCACCCUUGGAUUUGGUUCCAGCUAUUGCCAGUAGAAAUCAAAGUAAAUGGAAGAGGCUUCUCUGCAGAUGGACAGCAAGUAGGAGGGGCUUAUUUAACUCGCUUCUCAAUGCAACUCCAUAGGAGAAUAUGUCGUCUUCAAGUUGCAUAUUUGUAGCACUAACUUUUCUUUUUAAAUAGAUGGGGGGGAAUAAUGACCUAGAAAACCAAAUCCCAGUUUGGUAGCCAAAAUUAACCUCUUGGUUCCUUUAUUCUUUGUCUGAGAAUUCCUAAUGCUCGACACGUCAAACUUCUCACAGACACUUUGAUCUGUCUUGGUUUUGGUUCUUCCUAGAACUGAGCUAUUAAGAUCCUUUUAAGUCAAUACCAAUGGCCUUAAUGGCAGUUGACUGUGGAGUGACACCUGUGACAUAUACAUCAUCUGUUUGGCCUGAGUUUAUGUAGACUUCAUGGAGGAUGAUAUUUUUGUUUGGGUAUUUUUGUGUUAACUUUUUUUAAGCUAUUGCAUGCCCUAUGCACUGGUAGGGAUUAUGGAAGCUGCUGGCAUGACUGGAAAGCAGCCAAAGAAAGAAUCCCUGAAACACCACGUUAUAUCUCCAUAGGCAUCACCUUAUUGCCAUAGCUAGGACUUCUUGUUUUGUCUAAUGAAAACUUGAAAAGCUCAUAUGGAAGCUUAGACAUUUUAUCUUUUCUCCAUGAACAAGUGAUCUUCAGAACUUCUUUUCUUCACCUGCUUAUCUGUCUUGGACUGGCCAAUCAGGCAUGACUACAGAUUUCCUUCAGCACCAUGUGAGCAUGUUGGCUACAAUCCACAGUGAUUGACAAAUUGUGUUGCGUGUUCUUGUUAUUCUAUUGACCAGUUUAAAACAUUGACUUUUAUUUGUUGAAAGAGCACCUGCAAACAUUUAUUUUCUAAGCCUAACUUUUGGUUAAGCAUCUUA